GGCACGCGGCCGUAUCGAUGAGGAGGAGGAGGAUGGAGAGCCGAUCACUUCAUCGAUCCGCGCUGAUCGAUCCGCUGAUCAGCUGAUCAUCAGAGCAGAAGGGGUGGAGCCGCACGAGGCGACAAUCAGCGUCAUCAAUCAAUCAAUCGGUGUCAUCGAUCACACCUGAUGUGAGACUCGGAGCGGCGUGUGGCGCGAGCCGCAGCGGGAGACAAUCACCUGAUCUGAGCGGGUUCUGGACCACGUGACCCCCGCAGGUUCGAUCCCGCCCCUGAAGUCCCGAGGAAACCCCGCAGGUGGUCCAGGUUGGACGCUCCGAAGCUCCCAGGAACUGCUUCAUCAGCUAACAGCUAACUGCUAACAGCUAACCGCUAACAGCUAACGGUGCUCUGGUCCGUGGUUGGACGUUGGAUGGACACAGCAGAGAUCUGCUGGAGCUCUAAUGAUCCCAGGUGAGAGAGAGAGUGGCGGGCGAUCAGGAGGAGUCUGGGUCACAUGGGAAACACAAGCCAUGGAGGUCAAAGGUCAACUCAUCUCCACUGACCCUCUCACCUGUCCGGACAGGAAGCAGCGGGAGCGAAUGGCAGAGCUGCAGGAGAGGAGGCGGAGCCUGCAGGCUCUUCUCAGCGCACGAUUGGCUGAGCUGAGGCGGAUCUGUCUGCAGGAGGCGGAGCUGACAGGUGCGGUGCCCAGCGACUUCCCUCUGGAGGCGGGGGAGAAACCCCCCUGUGUGCCCCGGAGAGGGGGGGCAUCUCGCCACGCACACAGGAAGAGUCGAGCAGAGGAUGAAGACUCUCAGCGCUCCAAACCCAAGAAAACCUUGUUCAGCGGAGCUCUGAGGAAACACAGCGACUCUGAACACAACAUGCACGCACAGACGCAGACCCACCAUGGCAAGAGGACCGUCCACCGAGGCUGCCACACGGAUGACACGGUGAGGUCAGAGAGCAGCUCCACAUCAGACUCAACAGGACACGACAACGAUGACGGUGUGUCUCAGUGUCGCCCCCCGCUGGUCUCUGAUGGAUCUCCAGUUGAAGUUUUCUACCAAAACAAAACCAGGAAGAACUCCGUGCUCAUCAGGGUCGACCAUUCUGAGGCUCACCCGGCACAUAAGCCCCUCCCCCUGCCCCCCUCCCAGCCUCCCCCUCCUCCCCCUCGCUCUCAGGACUCCUCCUCUUCCUCCGCCCCCUCUGACCCGGCAGGUGAGGGUGGGGUGAGGAUAAACGCUAGUCGUCAUAGCAACAGCUCGGAUGGCCUUUUGGAACGCGUUGCUCCACCUGAGGAGGAGGGCGGCGCCCAGCAGGGGGGAUUGUGGGUAAACGGUCUGCUGGGGUCCAGAGGGACUUCAAGGGGCGGGGUCUUCAGGAGCUCAGAGACGCUGACGGACGGACGGGCGAGGACGAGGUCCAAUAACGGGGUGAGCGAGGGAGGCGGGGCUGGCCGAGGCAGAGGAGGUGGGGUCAGAGGGGGCGGGUACAGCGAGGUGCUGCUGGACUAUGUUUGGGGCAAACAGCAGCAGCUACAGAGACAGACGUCCCACGCCAGCAGCCGGCAGCCAAUCACAUCGCACCAACAGCUGCUCUUUAACGGAUACUCCUCCCAGCAGCCCUCAGCAGCCCCGCCCACCUACCGCGGUCUCCAAGGAGACCAGCGACGAGUCAAAGUGACCCGUACGAAGUCCUGUGGACCCUUCCUCCCCGUGCAGCAGAACCAGACUGAUACCCAUAAUCCUCCUCUGUCCACCAUCCAGCCAGACCCCCACCCCCACCUGCUGCCGCCCCGCCCACCAAAGCUGCCCCCCGCCCAGGACGCCCAGCUGGAGGACGCCACCAGGAGCCUCCACAAGGCCCUCGCCCUGGAAGGUCUGAGGGACUGGUACCUCAGGAACACGAUUGGCUCCUCAAACCAAAACCAGGCCAAUGGAAAGGUCAACACGGGGGUCAACACUAAGGGGAACGAAGGGGUCAAAGGUCAGAAUACUGGAGGAGCUCUGCCGGGCAGACGGAGGACUCAAGGUGCCAUUCAGCAGCCGACCUAUCAGAGCGAGACGAGUCAUCAGAAGAAGACGCUGCCGCACUCGGCCACGUUCCACGGACACCCGCUGCUUGGCAGGUCCGUGGACAGCUCGCUCUACCACGACUCCUUCUCUCAGAAACAGGAAGUUCCUCUCAGAGACCUCACCCUGGACCAGCCAUCUCCUGGAACUCUGGUCUGACUCGCUGACCAAUCAGGGCACUGAUGGACAUACUCACUGACCAAUCAUGGCUCUGAUGGACUCACACAUUGACCAAUCCCAGGCCAGCCUCUGUGACAGCAGCCUUCUGUGCAUACGGGUGGAUGUUCAGGUGAAGCUCGGCUUGGUGUUGAACUCUCUCAUCCUGAAGCUCCGCCCACAGGAGGCUGAUGUCACGGUCUCUGGGAGGAGUCUGAGCCUGUUUAUCUAAAAACAAACUGAGCUGCAGAUUUCUACUGUUUGUUUAUAAAUGUUACCAUGACGACGCGUUUGUCUGCUCAGACAAUCAGAACAUAAACCAGCUUUUGUACGAACCUUUGAUACGAGUCGUGAUGACGAUGAUGAUGAAGCUGUUGCACUCUCUCUGAGGUCACAUGAUCACCAGCUGACAUCACCAGCUCAUUUCACUGACCAGCAGAUUAAACCGAUCAGCUGAUUGAUCCUCAGGUGAGACUCUUCAGGUAAUCUGUGCACUAAACGUUCAGCAGCCGAUCCGUCGGUGAAGCUCCUGGAACGCCUGCAGCGCCUGUACACAGGUGACAACCGUGACACCUGUGACGCAGGAAACACGUGUCACACGGGGGGCGUUCCUGUCUCUGCGUCAGCGUGUCACUGAGAAACCGGAGAAAACAAACGCCAAAAACAAAGUCCACGGCAAACUUUUCAAAAACGAUAAAAGUAGCAAUAAUAGGGCUGUCAGUCGAUCAUUUUUAAUCAUGAUUAAUCUCAGA